AUGCAAAUAAGUAGUAAUCCCGAGUUCGCUGAACACAAGUCGUCGAGUCAGCAAGCGUACCCUUUACAUUCGGUGGCCUACUCUCCAGUGCGAUUAUCUUCUGUUAAUAAUGAUUUGAAAUCUUCUUUUAAAUCUUUGAAUAGGAACGAAACUAGUUCCGAGGAUAGAUCUGAGCGAAUUAGAAAUUCGUUCGAAAAUGUCGACAUACCCGUCAACGAAAAUGACGGUCUUGGUUUGACACAGCUAUUUGAAGUCCCUACACAAGUUGUUGAAACAAAAGAAAUAGCGUCAGAAUCUUCUGGAUCUUCUGAUGAUGAGAUUAUUAUUCAAAAUCCAUCAAGUGGAUCCCAAAAAGCCUCGACGCCGAAUCGAGCCGAGCGUGUUUUGGAGCAGCUAUAUAAUCAACAAGGAGCUCUCAGCCAACAAAAAAAAAUUGUAUCUCCUCAGAGCUUCCCCAAUUCUCCCGAAUUGCUCUCUCCUCCGGGAUCUACCUUUCCUGCAUCGAUGACUUCCACUUUAAAAGAUACCCCUGUACCUCAUUCUUCCAAUGAGCAAGCAACAGGGAAUGUUAUUGAGGAUAUUCUCGUUCCUGAUACUGUUGCCCAAGAACGUAGAUACUACGACUACCCUGUUGGAUCAUUAGACAGUGAAGCGGAUGCAGGUCAGAUAGAGUCUACCCCUACUCGACGUUCUAUCAGAGCACCGCAACUAGCUUUGAUUACUGGCAUCGAAUCAACACCUCCGACAAAGUUUACCCCUACCGAAAGUGACCAUGAUUUUAAUCGGGAAACUAAGCAAAGUACAAGGCAGAAGAGGAAUAUCAUCUCUGAUACUCCUAUUUCAAGCCGAAUAUUGGUAGAUGUUGAUUCCCUAAAUACUAGAAAAAGGAAGGCUGAAUAUACUGCUGAAAAUGAAUUUUCUAGUCAAUCGCCUCUAAAGGCUGAUUUUGAUGUUCCAAGGAAACACUUGAAAGAAAAUUCCAACGUUUUCCCUCAUUCAGAUGCUAAAACAAAUAAUAAUAAUAAUAAUUACAAAGAGAUGGUUAAUUCACCCGAAUUGGGGAUGGAAUCAGAGCCCAUAAGAGGCAAAUUCGAAAUAGACAAACCACGCUAUCUUCUUCCUGAUUUGAAAAAAUUUUCCAAUUCAAUUCACAAAAUUGAAAAUCGUGUCUUGGCUUUCUUUAAGGGUUAUCCUGCAUUUUACUAUCCUGCGACAGUUCUAUGUCAGACAAUGUCUACAGCUUCUGGAAUCCCUCAAUUUAAGAUACAAUUUGAUGAUUCUACUGCAAGUACUGUUAAUGUGAACCAGCUAAAACGAUUUGAAUUAAAAGAAGGUGACAUUGUUCGGUCCACAGCUUUGAGAUUAAAUCAUACUGUUUUGCGGGCAUACCACUCAACAGGUGAAAACACAUCUAUCCCACCUACAGAUGCCUUUGGAAAUGACAUGGUAAGUUUAAGGAUAGGUAAACAAGACGAGGUUGCAGUGCCCAUGUCUACGAUAUAUCUAAUACCUUCCCAAAUCCGAAAAUUUAAGGACCGUGAUUUUCAGCUUGCGGGUAGGUCAAACGUGGAUACAGAUUCUAAUUAUCUACCUUCUUCUUCUUCUAUUUCCAGAAAGCGCCCCAUGUGUUCUUAUACUGUCAACGAUGACGGUGAAGAAGCAAACCAAGUAACUAUGACGGAAAGUAAAAAAGUUUCGAUUUUUCAUGAUUGCAUAUUCGUUUUUACUGGGUUGAAUACUGUUGAUGAUAAAGAGCGUUCACUUUUGAUAAAUUCAGUAAAAUAUCAUGGCGGUACUGUUCUUGAUGAGGGUUUAAGCUCUUUGUACUGUAAUUAUUACAACGGAAAAGGCAAAAUUUUGUUCCCGUUAAAACCACAUAAAAGGUCGAAGUCAUGGAACUCCCAUUGGGAUGUUAUCGUGUCUAACUCUAACUCUGGGAAUACGGGUACAAACGUUCCAGUUGUUGAUUUUGAAUGGAUUAUAGAAUGUGUCAUAAGCUAUUCUGAUGCAUUCGAUUUGUAA